ACCCUGGUCGUUCUCAGCCAACCACUGUCGUACUUUUCCGUCAGCCGUGCGCGCUUUACGCCAUCUUGAAAUUUCAGCCGCAAUUUAGUCAAGUCGUUGAGAAAUAAAGAGACAAAGUCCUUCUUUCUCCCCCCGCAGCCUCCAAGAUGCACACUUCUCGGAACAAAACAGCGCCGGCGGUGGACACGGCGAACACAGACGCGGAGCCCGGGACGGAGUCAAAGCACCGGGAGCGGAAAGCUGGCGGAGGGAUGUUGAAGAAGCUGAAGUCGAGGCGCAGUCAGGCGGACAAGUGGCCUGUGGUCACCGAGGACCAACUCAGGGAGCUGGGAGGAGAUAUUUCCCCCGACCACGUCCUGGGACUGCGGGCUGUCACGGAAGACUAUCUUUGCAAACCUGAAGACAACAUAUACAACAUUGACUUCACCCGUUUCAAGAUCAGAGAUCUCGAGACUGGAACAGUUCUGUUCGAGAUCGCCAAACCUCCCAAUACUGGUCCUGCAGAGGCUGAAGAGGGGAGUGGAGAUGUAGACGUCAGUGCAGGCCGCUUUGUGAGAUAUCAGUUCACACCUGCCUUCUUAAAACUACAAACUGUAGGUGCAACUGUGGAAUUCACAGUCGGCGACCGUGCCAUUAACAGCUUUCGAAUGAUUGAGAGGCAUUACUUCCAGGGGCGCCUCUUAAAGAACUUUGACUUUGACUUCGGCUUCUGCAUUCCCAACAGCCGCAACACAUGCGAACACAUUUAUGAGUUUCCACAACUUCCAGACAACCUCAUUCGACAAAUGGUGGAGCAUCCUUAUGACACCAGAUCAGACAGUUUCUACUUUGUGGACAACAAACUCAUCAUGCACAACAAGGCCGACUAUGCUUACAAUGGUGGGCAGUGAGACCUCAAGGAGGACAACUGUGCAGGAACAUUGUUUCAUCAACAGAAUUAACAGCCCACAUCUAAUGAAACUAUCAAGACUCUGAGAAAAAUGUGGUUAUGUUCGUCUUUCAAGUAAGUUUGUGCACUGUUUGCCUUUCGUUUGCGUCUCUGCUGGAAAGGGACAAUCACAGACCUUUUGCGACAUAGGUUCUGUUACAACUUAAUUUGCUUUAUGGUAGUUGUUUUUCUCUUAGAAUGCUUUAAACAACCUUUUAAUUGCUUCCCACAAGGAAUAAGCAGUAGUGGGUAGAACUUAUAAAGUAUUCUUAGUGGUCUACUCUUAGAUAUUCAUUUACAUCAGUUUGGCGAGUACUGUUGUGUCGAUUAUUUAAGAUGUGUGCUUUAUUUACAUGUUUGUCUAGCUUCAUUGAUAUGGUCUUACUAUUUGAAAGGACUUAAUUGACGUCCUGGAAAAAUAACACAUUUUACGGCGAGUAAUUGGUUGACAAGCCGGAAUCAUUGGGCAUACAUUAUUAUUUGCAAGAUUGUUUUUGUUUUUAUAUUUAAAUAAUAUAAAUAAACCUCAGACGGUGUCUUGUAAGUCCAACCAUGAAAAUGUUUAGCAUUACUACAAGAGCUGUAAGGUAAUAAGAUAAUGAAAAAUAAUGAAAUCUCUUGUGAUUGCAUCAACUUUGUGCCUUUAGCCCGUCACUGGGAAAAUAAAUACUGUUACUCUCGUGUGAGAAAAAGAAUGCGGAGAGUUCAUUCAACCUAAUAGGAAUAUAUUUUGUAUGGUCUUGAAUGUAGGACCACUGUGUGGAAAAGGACAAUGAUUUAAUGUUUCAUAAAGUCACUGGCUGAUGGAAAACUUUGCAGCCGUAAUCAUCUGUGCUAGUUUAUCAGUAAUAGUUGUCUGUAGUUGACUUAUUUUUGUUUUAGUUGGAUCAAAGUCAGUGGAUUCAUUAGAUAGGUGUGUUGAUUAGUAUUGCUGGUUAACAGCUUUGGUAUUGUAGUUUGGAAGAGUUGGUUUUGCCAACUAGUCAGUUAUGUUCCGUAUGAUUAUCUCAAGGCUUCAGGUGAUCGAUUCCCUCGCUAAUGAACAAUAAACGGCUGAGGCAAUGAAACUGAUCUUCUUAAAAUGAACUGAAUAAAAACACAAAUACACUCAUGUCAGGAUUUUUCUGUCAUUCCCUGAAUUUGUCUGGCUGACAGGCCAAUCAUGUAAAAAAUGUAUAUUUGGUAUAUUGGCUCUAUUUGUUCAUGGACAAAACUUACAGGAUUCUCCAAUCCAGCUAUUUAGUAUAAUUGAUUUGCAAAUAAAAAUGAUCAUUUUUGUUGAUCGCUGUACAUUUCAUAUUGUAAUAAAGUGCACAAUGGGAGUACACUUGA